AUGGCAUCCAUCUAUUUGUUUCUUUUACUCUUUUCGAUCAAUUUUAUUUUGAAAAUUGAAGCAACCCACUAUAAAACUUUAAUGGUUGAUAAAAAUGCUUCUCCUGGUGAGAUUGAAGCUGCAUUUAAUGAAAGGAAAGAGAAAAAUCGAAAUGCCAAACAGAGCGAUAAGGCUUUUUUAGAUAAUUUAGAAAAAUUGUCAGAAGCUCAUUUGAUUCUUAGCGAUAAAACAAAAAGAGAAGAAUAUGAUAGAGAACUUGCUAAGAAGAAAGGAAAAUCUACGGAAGGGGAAAGUUCAAAAACUGCAUACCAUAAAGAUAAGAAGUCCAAAAGAAAGACGGAAUCUUUUGGUGGAGGAUCGAGUCAUUUUAGAGGAGGAACAAUUCAUAAUACAGGAAUAUUUCAUGGAAAUGGACUAGGUGGAUUUGUCUCUGGGGGCAUAUUUAACCGAGGAUUCCCAUUUGGUGGAUCAUCAAAAGCUGGAUCUCAAAAUGAAGCAGAGACUCAAGGAAGGACUCAAUCUUUUGGUGGAGGAUCACAUCAUUUUAGAGGAGGAACUAUUCAUAACAUAGGCAACACUUUCUUUGGCAAAGGAAAUGGUGAAUUUGUCUCAGGAGACCAAAUUAACAUGGAAUCCUCAUUUGGAGGAUCAGAUACGUCUGACUCAGAAGCCUCUUAUAACUCAGAAUCAGAAUUCGAAUUUGGAGAAGGAUUCCCAUUUGCUAAAUCAGGAUCUUCCUUUCACACAAAAUUCUCAGUUGGAAAGAAUAACAAAUAUGCUGAUUGGAAUCGAGAUUUUAGUUUUGUUAAAUUAUCAGUAUUCAAAGAAGGAAUUCUUGUUGAAAGCCCUCAACAUUAUCCUGAGUUUGUUAGAUAUUUAAACAUCAAUGGUGAUAUAGGAAUGGCAAUAAUUAAUGGAAAUAACAUAAAAAUAACUGAAUAUUUGUUAAAAACAAAGAUAUUUUUCAAUGGAGAUGAAGUUCGUUAUACUGAAGGGGUAACAAACAUUAAUGGCGUUAUAAUUGAGAAAAAUGGCUACAAGAUAAAAAUAACAGGGCGUAACAUAAAUGCAAAUACUAACAUGAAGAGAUAUAGCAUGAUAAAAGCAAAGGCUAUAAAAGUUCAUGUUACUGGAAGUGUUGAGAAUAUUCCUACACCGAGCAAAAAAUAUGAAUUUAAACAAAACGUUCCAAAUAAACGAGUAGGAGAUGCUCUUAAAAUAAAUGGAAAUAUUGGAAAUCUGGAGGUUUUUAUUUGA